AUGCGAGCAAGAAGUACAACGAGUACAAGAAAAGGAAAAUCCGGGAAUGGAGCUCCGCCGGCUACCAUGCCGGAACCGCAAGGGAUCGUGCCGGCGAGGGCCUCCUUCUCGGCAAGGAAGACGAGAAUGUUGCCGUUGAUCCCGAAGCUCUCCAACGCUUGGCCAAGGAACCGGUGA